AAAACCAACGGAGAGAUAUUCAGAUCGGAGUCAUCAUCGGUCCGAUAUUUUGGAUCCGUGCUCCAUUGACGAACAAACAACACUCUCCUUUUCCUAAGUUCCAACCAUUUUAUUAGCUCCUUCACCGGAGCUUCACAUCGGGAACAAUGGCGGCGAGUAGGAAGAUUUGUCAUUCUCUGAUCGUCUUCCUCAUAGCGAUUUCUGCAGACUACGGUGUUUCCGCGGAUUCGAUAAAAGGCUGCGGUGGUUUUGUCGAGGCGAGUUCGUCUUUGGUCAGCUCUCGGAAAGGAUCCGAUGGGAAACUGGAUUAUUCCCAUAUCACAGUUGAGCUACAAACAGUAGAUGGAUUGGUAAAAGACAGUACACAGUGUGCCCCAAAUGGUUACUAUUUCAUCCCAGUAUAUGACAAGGGCUCAUUCAUUCUCAAGAUAAAUGGACCUGAGGGAUGGUCAUGGAAUCCAGAUAAGGUCUCUGUCGUUGUUGACGACUCUAGUUGCAACAACAAUGAGGAUAUUAACUUCCGCUUCACGGGUUUUACAUUAUCCGGUAAAGUCCUUGGAGCUGUUGGUGGGGAGAGUUGUGUGAUUAAGAAUGGAGGUCCAGCUGAUGUCAAUGUUGAAUUGUUGUCUUCUGAUGGAGAUCCCGUUGCUUCUGUUCUCACAUCGUCAGAUGGGAGCUACUUAUUCAAGAAUAUUAUUCCAGGAAAAUACAAUAUCCGUGCAUCCCAUCCAGAGCUGCUGGUUGAAGUUCGCGGUUCAACAGAGGUGGAACUUGGAUUUGCAAAUGGCAUGGUGGAUGACAUAUUCUUCGUCCGUGGUUAUGAUCUCAAGGGGUCUGUUGUUGCUCAGGGAAAUCCAAUCCUGGGUGUUCAUAUAUAUUUGCAUUCAGAUGAUGUUUCCAUGGUAGAUUGCCCCCAAGGAUUUGGUGACGCUGCUGGAGAAAGGAAGCCUCUCUGCCAUGCUGUAUCCGAUGCGGAAGGAAUUUUUAGUUUCAAGUCCAUCCCUUGUGGAAAAUAUGAAUUGGUGCCACAUUAUAAGGGUGAGAAUACGGUCUUUGAUGUUUCACCUCCUGUUAUGCCUGUUUCUGUAGAGCAUCAACAUGUCACCGUUCCCCAAAAAUUUCAGGUAACAGGAUUCUCCAUUGGGGGUCGUGUAGUUGACGGUAAUUCAGUGGGAGUUGAGGGCGUUAAAAUCUUAGUAGAUGGUAGUCUAAGAUCUGUCACGGACAAGGAAGGCUAUUACAAGCUUGACCAGGUUACGUCAAAUCAGUAUACAAUUGAUGCAGUCAAGGAGCAUUACAAGUUCGACAAACUGAAGAAGUUCAUGGUUUUACCAAAUAUGGCUUCACUUCCAGACAUCAGUGCUGUAUCCUAUGAGAUCUGUGGUGUGGUGCGAAUGUUUGGUUCUCGUCACAAAGCAAAGGUAGCUUUGACUCAUGGACCCACAAAUGUCAAACCACAAAUGAAGCUAACAGAUGAGACCGGAACUUUCUGCUUUGAGGUUCCACCAGGCGAAUAUAGGCUGUCUGCUUUGGCUGCUACACCAAAGGGUGCUUCUGAGCUUCUGUUUUUGCCAGCUUAUUUGGAUGUUGCCGUUAAAAGCCCAUUGUUGAACAUAGAAUUCUCUCAGGCCAGAGUCAAUGUGCAUGGUUCUGUUACUUGCAAGGAGAAAUGUGGUCCGUCUGUGUCAGUGGUGCUUGUGGGAGCGGCUGGUGAUCGUGACAAGAAGACAGUUUUUUUAACCGACGAGAGCAGUCAAUUUCUAUUUUCAGAUAUACUGCCUGGAAAAUAUAGAGUUGAGGUGAAAAGCAUUUCACCGGAAGCCGCAUCUGAUGAAGACAGUUGGUGCUGGGACCGUAGCUCCAUUGAUGUGAAUGUCGGAACUGAGGAUAUCAAAGGGAUUGAAUUUGUCCAGAAAGGUUACUGGAUUAAUAUUAUCUCCACCCAUGAGGUGGACGCUAGAAUCGCUCAUCCUAAUGUAUCACCUACUAGUUUGAAAAUCAAGAAAGGUUCGCAGAAAAUAUGCGUUGAGUCACCUGGAGGGCAUGAGCUUCAGCUUUCUGACUCAUGCAUGUCCUUUGGGAGCAAUUCAAUAAAGAUAGAUGUCUCAAAUCCACAGCCUAUUCAUCUGAAAGCAGAGAAGUACCUCCUCAAAGGUCUGAUAAAUGUGGAGUCUAGUUCAACUAUUGAGUCUGAAUUGCCAGAGAAUUUCAUUGUUGAUAUUCAAGACAAGAAAGGAAAUGUUAUCAACAGUAUUACUGCCAAACUUGCAUCUGAUGGAAGUGGGGUUUAUGAGUACUAUACCUGGGCAAAUCUUGGUGAAAAGAUUAGCUUUGUUCCUCGAGAUUCUAGGGGUAAUGUGGAGAAGAAGAUGUUGUUUUAUCCUAAAGAGCUUCAUGCUGUAGUGUCAAAUGAUGGAUGCCAAGCUUCAGUUUCUCCAUUUACUGGUCGGCUUGGUCUUUACAUAGAAGGAUCAGUCUCUCCUCCUCUUCCUGGUGUUCAUAUUAAGGUUUCCGCUGCAAAAGACAGCCUUAUUUCUUCACUUAAGAAAGGUGAAGUAGCUAUCGAAACAAGCACUUCACCAGCUGGUUCAUUUGUUGCUGGGCCUUUGUAUGAUGAUAUACCAUAUGCCACCGAGGCUUCAAAGGCUGGCUACCAUAUUAAAAGGCUAGGACCAUAUUCCUUCUCUUGCCAGAAGCUUGGUCAGAUCUCUGUGCGUGUAAACUCAAAGGACAAUGCCGAGACAUCAAUACCUCCGCUGUUGUUAUCAUUAAGUGGCGAUCAUGGUUACAGAAAUAAUUCCAUAUCUGGCGCUGGUGGACUCUUUGUGUUUGAUAGCUUAUUCCCUGGAAACUUCUACUUGCGUCCCCUUCUGAAGGAAUAUUCUUUCAAACCCUCAACACUGGCUAUAGAACUAAGUUCUGGGGAGUCCAGUGAAGCUGUCUUUGAGGCUACUCGUGUUGCCUACAGUGCAAUGGGUAGAGUCGCUCUCCUAUCGGGCCAGCCACAAGAAGGUGUUGCAAUUGAAGCUCGCUCUGACUCCAAAGGAUACUAUGAGGAGACUACAAGCGAUAUUAAUGGAAAUUAUCGACUGAGAGGGUUACAUCCAGAUACAACAUAUGUAAUUAAAGUGUCGAAGAAAAUUGGUUCAGGCAACAAUAAAAUUGAACGUGCAUCUCCAGAGUCAGUUUCUCUUCAGAUUGGUUAUGAAGAUAUCAAUGGGCUCGACUUUUUGGUAUUUGAACAACCAGAAACGACCAUAUUGACGUGCCAUGUCGAAGGAAAACAAAACGAAGAUCUAAACUCGAAUCUGCUAGUGGAGAUCAAAUCAGCCAUUGAUAAAUCUAAGAUAGAGAAUGUCUUUCCACUACCACUCUCCAACUUCUUCCAAGUGAAAGGUUUACCCAGAGGUAAACACCUUGUGCAGCUUAAAUCCAGUCGUCCUCUAAUCUCCCACAAAGUAGAAUCAGAGAUUAUUGAAGUUGAUUUUGAGACAAAUGCCCAAAUCCAUAUCGGUCCACUUCGAUACAGCAUCGUGGCAGAUCAUCAGAGUCAGGAAGUGACACCUGCAGCUAUAUUGCCACUGGUUAUUGGAGUUUCGGCAAUUGCUCUGUUCCUCAGCAUCCCCAGGUUGAAAGACAUCUACCAAGCCACGGUUGGGAUUUCGUCUCCCGGGUUCACUACAUCUGCCAAGAGAGAACCUCGAAAAGCUAUUGCUAGAAAGAAGACACCUCUAAACUGGGAACUAUCUCGUUGGAAAAGAAUGGAGAAAGACAAAAUUAAUCCUGAGACUAUCAUUACACCAAAUGAUAUUUUAGAAGAGAUCCUUCAAUAUCUUCCAAUGAAAUCACUUGCUAAGUUCAAGGCCGUGUCGAAACAAUGGAGAUCGAUGAUCGAAUCAACCUAUUUAUCCCACAAACGUCUCGUUCGAUUGGGAUUACAAACCCCGAACACGAAACUUCUUGUUGUUCAUCAACUGUCAUCAGAUUCUGACUCGACAACUUUGGUUUUGAAAACUUUUUCUAGAGAUCAUGACAACAACGGACAAAUCUGUCUUUCUUCUUCGAGUUCUUACACUUUUCCUGAUAAUCCAAUCAACCAAUCUCCACACGAAACUAUCCAAGUCUUGGGGUCUUGUGACGGAUUGGUCUUGGUUGGGACCUACGAUUUUAAGUACAUUUACUUGAUCAAUCCAACGACGGGAGAGCAUCGAACACUGUCUCCAGAAUUGUUGCAGUGGCCCGGAUAUUUUAGUUACCAUAGUCUUGUGAACAAUCCAACGAUGAAUCGAACAGUUUUUCAGGCAGAUAUGUUGGAGCAACAAGGGCAAACAAGGGUUUACCCACUCUUCUCUGAUUUCCACGAUUUAUCGGCGGAGAGGUAUCCGGUAGGGUUCAUGGAUUUACUGGGUGUUCAUCGUCAUACACCCACACAUACGCCGUUGAUGCAUUUUCCUACUACACCUAACUCGUCGUCGAGCGAAGCUGCGAAUGGAGAUGAAAAGAAGAGAGAUGACGAAGAAGAUGGAGAAGAACAGCCACAUAAGACAAAUAAGCGGUUUAAAUUCACUAAGAGUAUUGAGAAGACGAAGAUGAAGGUGCCAAAAGUGUCAUUCAUCACGAAGAGUGAGGUUCUUCAUCUAGAUGAUGGUUAUAAGUGGAGAAAAUACGGUCAAAAACCUGUCAAAGACAGCCCUUUUCCAAGGAAUUAUUACCGAUGCACAACAACUUGGUGUGACGUGAAGAAGAGAGUGGAGAGAUCAUUCAGUGAUCCAAGCAGUGUAAUCACCACUUACGAAGGUCAACAUACUCAUCCUCGUCCAGUACUUAUCAUGCCCAAAGAAGGCAGCUCUCAAUCCAAUGGCUCAGCUUCAAGGGCCCACAUUGGCCUCUCUACACUCCCUCCUCAGCUUUUAGAUUACAACAACCAUCAACAAAAACAUCAAGGGCCGUCUUCUUUUGGAACUGAGUACAUUAACAUGCAAGAAAAAGGAAUUGAUCGUGAUGAUGAUGACGAUCAUGUUGUGAAGAAGAGUCGAACUCGGGAUCUGUUGGAUGGAGCUGGUUUAGUCAAAGAUCAUGGCCUUCUUCAGGAUGUUGUUUCCUCUCAUAUCAUUAAGGAAGAGUAUUAGUUAAUCGCAUAAUUAUGUAGCUAUCUAGGUUUAGUUUUUCGAAUUGUCAUAAAAAAAAAAGGAUCUU